AUGCCUUCACAUAAAAAGUUGAAGAAAGCCAAGAAGGAAGAAGAAGCCUUUGAAGCACUUCGGAAGAGUCAACAAGAAGAAGCACUUCAGGCUCAUCAUCAUUCGGAACAAGAACCUACUCUCGGGAAGGAUACAACAACCACUACUACUACUACUACUUCGAUCACUCCAACUAGUACUAAACAGAAGAACAUGACUACUGGUGGUCUCUCAAACCGUCAAAAUAAAUGGACUCACUCCGAAGAAGAUAACGAUGAACAUACAGACAAUGUUCAAAAUGAUCAUCAUGAACAAGACGAUGAAGAAGAGGAGGAUGAAACUGGUGAUUUGCAUGGUAAUGUCCUCUCUAAUGAAGAAGACGACGACAAUAAGACUGCUGCUGCUCAUGAUGAUCCUCUCAAUGGUUUAAAAAAAGCCUCCUAUCAAGAAUUGGAUGAAAAUGAUCGCUUUUUAAAAAACUUUUUAUUCAAAAGAGGAUGGAUCUUUGAUUAUGAAAAACAUGGAGAUCGAUAUGCUCAACAAGCAAAAGAAUUGGAUCAAGGAGAUGCAUUAGAUGAAGAAUAUGCUGAUUUGGAUAUUGAAUCUCAUCGAAUGAAUUUGGAAAAUUCAAAAUUGGGAGGAACAUCGAAUGCAGUACCAUUGGAUAUCAAUGAUGAUGAUGAACAAGAUGAAGAAUACAAAGAGAGUGAUGAUUCAACACAAGAUGAAGAACGCGAGAAUAUGGAUGAUUCUAAUUCUGACCUCUCUGAUGAUGAUUCUGAUGAUUCCUCUUCUUCUGAAACUCCAAAAUCUGAACGUGAAAAAAAAGAUUCUAAAAAAAAGAGAAAACGUCUUGCCAAAAAUGAAAAAUUCAAAGAACAAUUAGAAUCAGUGAAAAGAGAACACAAUGAAAAAGCAGAGAAAAUUAAAAAUGAAAUUAUAGAAUCAAUAUUUAAAUUGAAAGAGAUGAUCAAAGGAGAUGGUUCAUUGAUUGACAAGUUACAAAUUUCUAAAAGUGAUGAUUCAGAAAAGACAUGGGAAGCCAUUGAGAAACGAAAGAUUAUUGAAGAAUUUGCAUCAGCUGCUAUGGAAGAUGACGAAGAUGAUAAUCUUGGUGAUUCUAAUCCAACCUCUUCUGCAAGUGCUCUGAAACGACAUGUAAACAAAUUAUUUGAAGAUUAUUAUGAUUCUUUCUUUGAAGAUGUCAAUGCAGCAACAGGUGAUACAUUUAAAUUUAAAUACAAGACUGUGGAUAAAGCUGAUUUUGGAUUAACAACUGAAGAUAUCAUCAAUUUAGAUGAUGAUGAUUUGGAUAAAAUAGUAUCCAUGAAGCAUUUAAUGAGAUAUGACUACAAACCACCUGAUGAAAAAGUGAAGAAGGAUAUUUUCUUUAAAAUUCGAAAUUUGAAAGCACAAAAAGGAUUACUCGAUAAAAAAACGGAGAGAGCUCUCAAAUUUAAACAAGGUAAAAUGGGAAAGAACAAGACAACAAAACAAAAUGAAGCACAUAAGAAUGAGGGUGAUAAAAAGAAUUCUAACAACAACAAGAAGAACUUCAAGAGUAACAACAGCCAACCCAACAAGAAGAACCAAGGAACUUUGAAGAGAAAAUUUGACCAAGAGCCACAGACUGUUAAAUCAUCCUCUCAAAAACCACAAAAUUCAAAUGCAACCAAGAAGAACCAACAAAAACAGGCAACCAAAGAUGUGGCCAGCUCUUCACAACAAGAACCUCCCAAAAAAAAAGAAUAA